AUGUCUUGCGCUGGCUUGGAAGACAUCAACACCCAAAAUCUACAAGAUGUUAGCACGGGCAACGACCACAGUAUGCAGGACAUCGUACCGUUGACACAUGCUCUUCAUCCUCAAUCAUUUGCACCCCGUCCACAAUACGCCACGCCCGACAGGAACGACGACCUAUACUACUAUCUGUCCCAAGAUAAGCGUAGACUCUGGGCAUACAGCGGCGACAUACCUUUUGCCUAUGGAACGAUAGAGGCGGACUGGAGAACUACGCAGCGGCAUAUCUACAAGUUAAUAACGACCGAAGAGGAAGUACCGAUGACGUUUGACAUUAAUAUUCCCCACCAGCAUUCAGACCCGCCCGUCGUCUGUUUUUCCUCCCUCUCCACUCGUCAAUUCUGGCAGAUGUACUCGCUGCAAUGUUCGAUCCCCGGCAAUAAUUACCCUCCGAUUGAUCCUAACGCGGACUUCAUCCCUGCCGUCCCUGUACCCCUGCAAGCAAGUCAAUCUACCUUUUACCUUGACGACCAAGGGCCUUUAGACACGUCUGACGGCCUGGCAUUUCCGGACGAUAGUGACGGUUCUCAUUCUUUCUACGAUGUUAAGCAGGAGCGCGAAAUUUUCCCAGUGCCCCAUGACGGUUCUAAUCGGGGAAGCGCAGCUGGUGAAGAGGCUACGCUUCCCACUUUCGCUCAUUGCACCGAUCUUGGCGCAACAGACCGUCUAGACGGAAAGAGGAAACAUUCGUUCGACUCGAUCUCUUCAGGCGUAGAAGCACCUUCAUCAUCUUCGUCGCUAACGGCCUUCUCCCCCUCCCCCUCCCCUUCUCGGUCUCCGACUCCCACAGCUGACCAAGUGUCAUACGAAGCGGAACUCCGAUGCAUCUACCCAGACUGCCUCCAACUCUUCCACUCCAUCGUCGAUGUAACAGACCACCUCAAAUCCCUUCAUAAUGGAUCCUAUGCCAGGAGUUAUCGAUGCGCAUUUCCCUCUUGUUCUCAAACGUUUAAAAAUAAGACUGAUUUCCCUCGGCAUGCUUUGACGAUGAAUCAUAAACCGCAGAGGAGUUUCAAGUGCGCCGGCUGCAACGGAAAAUUCACACGGUAUGGUGCUUGA